AUGUACCUCGGUGGCUGCCACGGUGACUCCGACGAUUCGAGCUGGGGUGUGGCUUCCCUGCAGCCCGCCACCGGUCUCAAAGCACGCCCCCUGCUCUGGGAAUACUCCGAUACUGGGGCGACUCGGUACCCCGCCACGCUCUCGCCAGUAAUGAAUGCGUCGGACCCCUCAGUGGUCUCCCCUAUCCUCGCUCUUCCGAGCCUUGGCAAUACAUACGGCGCGGUGCUGAUCGCGACUUUCAUCAGCCUCGUCUUGGACGGGGUUGCGAUGCAACAAGCGUUUCGCUACUUCCAGGAGUAUCGCAACGAUCGUCGCAUACUCCGGAUAUUUGUUGGACUUUUGAUCGUAGGAAACACCUUCCACACAUCGCUUUGCUGCCACAUUUGGUACUACAUACGUCGAGUCUUUCUGCUUGGCUCAAGAUACAGAUACUUUGCGGCAUUCUCAAUAAUCUUCAUGGUAUGCGCCAUUGGAUUUGGGACCGCAUCUACUGUGAAAGGAUUUACCACCACAACGUUCGACCAGUUCGCGAAGUUCGCUUGGCUUACCUCGGCGGCAUAUGUAUCCGCGCUCGCUUGUGAUUCUGUGACCACGACGAGCUUGAUCGUUUUCCUUGUUCAAAACAAGACAGGGUUUUCUAGCACGGAUUCAAUGAUCAACACCAUCAUUCUGUACACCAUCAACACUGGCCUCGUAACAACGGUCCUGAACGUCUUAUGCGCUUCUUUCACCCUAGCGCAAACACAGAAUUUGAUAUACGUCGCUCUAGGCUUUCCACUCUGCAAAUCCUACGUGUGCUCUAUGCUCGCCAUCCUAAACUCACGAAAGGGACUCGCGGACGCCCAUACAGACGCGUUCACCGUCCCUACCAUGGACUUCCCGAAACACAUCGGGCAGAGUACGACGAGCACCCGCCGCGAGCACGCGUUCUUCCCGGGGGUCAUCCAUGUCAACACGGAACGUUCCGACACGCUGGUUCUACGGUCAGACGAUCGCGCGUCGCGCGAGGAGGACUCGGCCGGACUCGAGGUUUACGAAAUGCAGAGCAUGAAGGCAUGA